AUGCUCAGAACGAAUCUAGGCCCUAAAUGCCAGGUAGAGGCCGAGUGAGCAUGCCCAGAAGGCAUUCACCGCUAGGCUAACUAAGCAGCCUCAAAAGUGGCCCACGAAGUUUCCAGAAGCUUGAGGCGGGUGACAGGAGGUGAGAGCCAGCUCCCUUUAGGCUAUCUUUAGGAACCUCGGGGAGAGAAUUCUUUCCUUUUCCUGAUUCUCGGGAUUCACUGUUUCCUAUCGCACUGGACUCUAACCAGCAACUUACAGAAGUAAAAAAUGAAGAUGAACUACCUUGAAAUGGUCCCUAUGAUGUUGGCAGCUGUGAUUCUGAUGGAAAUUUUUCAGGUUAAGGGUGAUAUGUUAAGCAUGUCUCCCAACACUUUUGAUGACCAGUACCUGAAGUGUGCUAGAAGAAUGGAGACCAAAUUUGUUCCCAAGCUGCUCAUUGAGGAAAAAAGCAACCAUAAGCACUUCGAUUCGGUGUGGACAGGAGGAGCCUACCAUUGGGAAUUAAAGAAGUCACAGCUGUUGCUCCCCCCAGGCUUUCUGGAUAACCAUGGCACGGCACUCAUGAUAUAUACUUCACAUGCUCAAAGGCAAACUCCCUUUUACCGAGAGUUCAACUCUGCCGUAGAAAGAGCUGGCCUGUCUCGAGAUGAAUAUAUCUACAACUUCCACUUCAAAGCUUUACACUUUUAUCUCACAAGAGCCUUGCAGCUUCUGAGCAGAGACUGUGAGGAGAGUUACAGACAUGUAGCCUAUGCCAAAAGCCAUUUUACUUUGUCUGGGCCUCAUGGACAUAAUGGUAUCAGGUUUUCUCAUUUUACCUCUUGGAAUGACAAACCUGAACCUUUAACUGGCUCCGAAGUCUUGUUCACUGUCUACACAUGUUUUGGUGUUUCUACCAAAAUGUUUUCUGAUUCAGUAAAUGGAAGCAUCUUAAUACCUCUGAAUGAGGUUUUUAAACUGACCCAAGAAGGGAAUAAAACCAACUUUAUCUUUAGAAGCAUGAACAAGACCUGCAGCCAUUUCGACUGUGCAUAUCUUGGAGGCUUGAAAACAGAAAAUUGUGUUGACAGCACUGGACAGCUUAAGUCCAGACACACCUAUUUCCCUGAAGUGAAAUCCAAAGAAAAUGAAGACAAGACCACUGACCAAAAAAAUCAUGAGCCUCAUGAUCCUGAAGAAAUGUAUGAAGGACAAGAGCCUUUUGAAGAACUUGGUCCAAGAAAUACAGACUAUUUUGACAAUCCUGCUCCAGCUCUAAUUCCAUUUCCCAGCAUCAACCCCACUCCAGCCUCCGCCUCUGCUUCCGUUGGUGAGAUGCAUCAUCCUCUGGUUGGAAGGUUUAUUCUUUUGAUCAGUGCUUUUAUUUUAACGCUUUUUGCUCAUCUCUGAUUUGUAGAGGUUCCUUACUAUCUUUAAAUGCAUUGUAAGGAUAGCUUACUAGAUCUUAACCACUAUUUAAGAAAAUGUAAAGGGAUGCAAACUUUUUCUUAUUUUCUACUGAUAAAAAACUGUAUUUCUUUGUGUAAAUAGAAGCCCAGUAUGCUAGUAGCAAGGAUAACUUAGAAUAUUUGUCAAUCUUCCACUUGUGGAUUUAUGUAUUAAUCUUAUGAUUGUAUAAACUUGAUGUUUCUGAAAACAAAUUAAUAAAAGACUAAGAAAAAUAGUAGAACUAAAAUUUUGGACAAACUUUAAUGUUAAUACUGAUUAGCUCUAAUAAUGAUAGCUAGCUUCAAUUACUUUUUUUUUUAAUGAUUGACUCCCUUUCGCUGAAUACCUGUUCAAUACCACUAUGUACAAGAUACUGUGCUGGGUAUUUAUGGGGAUACUGCUUGUAUGACCUUCAGUUCUUUUCAUUAUCAAAUAAAGAAAUUGGAUACGA